AUGUCAUUAAAAGACGCAAUAGCUUUGGUUCGUGACGCAAAGAGACAGCAAGAGUCGAGUUUAUUUAGUCCAUAUAACCGCGAGACUGUGAAAGUUCUUACGUCCUCUCUUUCCACUAUCACAAACGUUAGCAAUGGUGCUACUACAAAUGAUCUCGAUUUUCCAAUGUCCACUUCCAUAAUACCGUCCGAUACCUCAACUCUCGAACCAACCCUUCUCAAUCCUCUCGUCUGCUCCCGCACUGCUCGCGCCCUUUCUAUUUAUCAUAAUAUCCGCCUUGCUACCAUAAAACGAGCCGUGCUAUCUGAAUCCAUUAGAGAACUUGAACACAAUUGCUCACCAUCUGAAGCCAAAUUUGCCAAAGAAUAUUAUCGAUUGGUCUCUGGAUUCAAACGAGGACAACUUGGCGGUCGUGGAUUGGGAGGAAGAUGGAGAGGAAAGAACGGAUGGAGAGACAGAUAUGAUGGUGUGUGUAUGAAAGUUAUCAGUGACAGAGAUUUGAUAGGCGUAGUGGCCAGACAUGGAGAGAUGAGUUUUGUACGGGGAGAUGCUGGCGUUUGGAAAGGUGAAUUGAUUGAAUGUAUCAAAGAAGUCAGGUGA